GUAUCAUAUUGCAAGAGAUUCCACCCUAGACUCGCCCGUGACUGAAAAUCCAGAAAAAACCAAAAACACGGAGACCAUCUUGGUCUACCGGUGCCAAUAUGACUCCAAGAGUAAGAAUGAGUGUAGCGAUCGGCGGUUUAUCCGCCUGAAACGUCAUCCGAUGGACCUCGGGUCUCCGCCGUGGAAGCGAGGAAUCAACCAUGGAUGGAGGGACGCCUCAGGACUACGGGGUAUUGUCAAUCCUGGCCAUCUUCGAUCUCCAGCAUGUGUUUCCUUGCAAGAAAGGGAAUGAGGAGGGGAUUUCCAUACGAGGCUUUGGCGUGCACGCGACAAACAAGGGAAGCCACCUGAUUGGCAGUCACGGGAAUUGGAGGAUCUCCAGUCUUCGUCUCUUGCGUCUUCGCCUCCUCGUCCGUCAUACCCCCUCAAGCACCCCAGUCGGCUGUGGCUCUAGUGGAUCAAGUCUCAAUAAUGCGUCCAUUAUUCUAUUCUCCUCUCUCUCUCCCUCUCUCCACUCGACCCAAACUUCCUCGUUCCCCCAGUCCACAGUCUCCAUUCCCAACGUUGCCCCAGAAAAACUGUCUGGCCCAAAACUAUAUAAAGCCGGUCCCUUGACGAUCGCUCGCAAAGAUGGCUCGCGUCGCAGAACGACUCGGCAGACUAACUGAAUCCUUGACUCCCUCCGCCCCCGUCUCUGCUCUAUCUUCUACCUCCAACUCCCCCGAGAUGUCCGUUCAAGCACCGAACAACCUGCCCUGGGAUCCCAACAAUGCGCAAUUUCCCUCCCGCAAGGAACUACCCAAGCUACCCGGCGCCCCGGAGGAUGCAGCCUGGGUUUGGGGCAAAGACGAUGCUGUGACUCGGCCGAUUGAAUCUCCUGACUUCACAGCGAGUAAAGGCUGCCGCCGCCGACAUCCGGACG